AUGGGCGACUCGACAGGAGAUAUCACGAUUGUAGGCGCGGGGCUGGUGGGCGCGAUGGCGGCACUCGCGCUGGGCCAGCGCGGGUUCAAGGUGACGGUCCUCGAGUCGAUGCCGGACAUUCGGACGCUCCCGGCGUACUCGGGUCGGUCGAUCAACCUGGCGCUGUCGGCGCAUGGGCUUGAAGGGCUGGAUCUGGUGGGAAUGGGCGACGAGUGGCGUGAGCGCGGCAUCCCGAUGUACUCUCGGUUCAUCCACAAUGCCGACGGCUCGACAAGCAUCCAGCCGUACGGGCAGCCCGGCGAGCACAUUCUCUCGGUGGAUCGGCGACUGCUUAACAUCCGGCUGAUGGAAGAAGCGGAGAAGCUGCCGAAUGUCAGCUUUGUGUUCAACGCCAACGUCCGCGAGAUCGACUACAAGAAGAAGCAUCUGGUGUUUGAGGCGCAAGAGGAAGCGAACGACGGCGGUGACGGCGGGCACUCUGGCGCGCAGACGACGAGCGUGGCGCUGCGCAAGCGGUCGCUGAUGGAGCGCGAUACCGACCUCAUUGUGGGCGCCGACGGAGCGUACUCGGCGGUGCGCACGUCGCUGCUCAAGUCACGGCGGUUCAACUACUCGCAGGAGUUUAUCGACCAUGGCUACAAGGAGCUCAACAUGGUGGCUGUCGACGACGACUGGGCGCUGGCCAAAAACCACCUGCACAUCUGGCCGCGCGGCUCGUUCAUGCUCAUUGCACUUCCGAACGAGGACAAGUCGUUCACGGUCACCCUCUUUAUGCCGUACGCCGCGGCCGACGGUGGAUUCAACGACCUCGACACCGACGAGAAGAUUGAGGCCUUUAUGACGUCCAACUUUCCGGACGCGGUCCCACUACUCGGCAACUACGUGUCUGACUUUAAGACGAACCGGACCGGGCCGCUCAUCACGGUCAAAUGCUCACGGUACCACUACUUUGACUCUGUGGGCAUGAACUCGUCGUUCCAGGACGUGGUCAAGUUUAUGGCGCUCCUCGAUGAGUACCCGUUCCGCACGGCGCGGCGCUCGCUGCUCGGCGCGUACUCUGCGGCGCAGGUCCCGUCUGGCCAUGCUGUGGCCCGCAUUGCGCUCAUGAACUACAUUGAGAUGCGGUCGCACACGGCGUCGACGCUCUUCCUCCUCCGCAAGCGGAUCGAGGGCGUGCUACAUGCGGUGCUGGGUGACGUGUGGCGUCCGCUGUACUCGAUGGUCCACUUUACCACCAUGCCGUACCACAUGGCGCUCGAGCGCAGCGCCAAGCAGGACCGCAUCGUCGCCGGCACCGUGUGGCUGCUGGCGUCGGGUGCGGCGGCCGGCGGCGCGUGGGCCGUGGCCCACUUUUUCGGCUCGGCCAUCGCGUCUGCGGCAACCAGCGCGCUGACGAGCCUCAACGGCGGCGUGGCGCCCAAAGUGCCACGGCUGACGUGGGCGCGGCUGUAG